AUGAAAGGAGGAAUUCUCACCUGGCAGUAUACCUGGAGUCCAGAGAAGCACAAUGGAACAUACGAUAUCUUCUACCAGCUGGUUGCUCAUAAACUCCAUGUCAACCAAGCCCUCGUGCGCAUGGAGAUAACUCCAUCCGGAGAUGGGAAUGUGAGCGUGGUCAACGUUAUCGACGGGUACUCUGCGGUUCGAACCGAUUUCAAGGGCUCAGGUCAAGAUGGAGGUGCCAUCUACACCUCUGUUAACCCCGAGGGCAUCAGCAAUGUCACUGCGUUUAUCUAUGCUGAAGUAUCAGGUACUGAAGGCGUAGAUUUGUCUUCGUCUUCACUAGUGGAUGAUAAGCCAUAUAUUCAUAUGAACGGAUCUACGAUCGCCCAAAGUGUGAAUGUGAAACUGCGCGCAGGCCAGACUACAAAGAUAGACAAGUUCGUGGGCGCUGCAUCUACGGACGGCUUCAAAAAUCCCCGACAGGCUGCCAAAGAAGCGUCGGCAAGGGCGCUACGGACAGGCUACGAAGAGAGCCUAAAAUCUCACAUCGCUGAAUGGGCUACUGUCUUCCCUAGUGAUUCUACGGAGGACUACACGAUACCCCGGAAAAAAUGGCUGCCACUCGACCACCAUAUCAUCGAGGCUUCUAUUGUGUCCGUGGUGAAUCCAUACUACCUGUUGCAAUCAACUGUCAGCAACAAUGCUCUGGCCGCCGUAAAGAACGCACCCCUUAAUCGCGGUAGUAUCGCUGUCGGCGGGCUGACUUCCGAUUCCUAUGGCGGGUUGGUGUUCUGGGAUGCAGAUAUAUGGAUGCAGCCUGGUCUUGUGGUAGCUUUUCCCGAAGCAUCACAGAUAUUCUCCAACUAUAGAGUCGACAAGUACAGCCAGGCUUUGAGAAAUGCUCAAACACAGUAUCUCUCCUCCAAGAACGAUACCUAUUUCUCUCCAGACGCUGCAGUAUAUCCCUGGACGAGCGGCAGAUUUGCCAAUUGCACUGCUACUGGCCCGUGUUUUGACUACCAGUAUCAUCUGAAUGGUGACAUUGGAAUGCAAAUUGUCAACAACUUGGUAACCACUGGCGAUACCGAACACUUUAAGUCGAAGCUCUUUCCAGUGUACAACUCUAUUGCUACCUUCUUCUCCCAGCUGGUAGAGAAGAAUGGAACGAAAUGGACAGUAACCAACAUGACAGACCCGGUAUUUUAUCUAUAUAUUCUGUCUUGCUAUCAGCCCACUAACUAG